GCUGCCGAAGAGGCGAACGAGCGAGAAGGCGACCGUGCAGCGCGGUGGGGGCUGCGCGCGUGGGAGGACUACAGCUCCAACCAUGUCUCGCGCCCUCCGGAGAACUACGACUCCCAGGAUGCCGCGCGGUUACGUGGCGGGGUUUGCGCGCCGGGAGAGGCCGCGCACGGGAGGAGGCACCGCCCCCGCUGACGGCCCUCUGUUCGCCCGCCUCCCUUCCUGUGGAGGGGGUGGUGGCAGGGCAAGGGCCGCCCUCCCCCGUCAGCCGCGGCGGGUGGAGGGGCGGCGGCAGCAGCGGCAGCAGCAUGAGUGGUACGGCGAGGACAGGGCUGGCCGUGCGGCUGCUGGCGGUGCUCGGCUGCGCGCUGACAGCCCGGGCCCAGCUCACAGGAGUCCUAGAUGAUUGUUUAUGUGACAUAGAAAGCAUCGAUGACUUCAAUACUUUCAAGAUCUUCCCCAAAAUACAGAAACUGCAAGAACGUGAUUACUUCAGAUAUUAUAAGGUGAACCUGAAGAGACCAUGUCCAUUUUGGGCUGAUGAUGGCCAUUGUUCUAUCAAAGAUUGCCAUGUAGAGCCUUGUCCUGAGAGCAAAAUACCUGUUGGAAUUAAAGCUGGCAGCUCUAAUAAGUAUUCAAAAGCGGCAAAUAAUUCCAAAGAAUUGGAAGACUGUGAGCAAGCUAACAAACUGGGAGCAGUUAACAGUACCUUAAGUAACCAAAGUAAGGAGGCUUUCAUUGACUGGGCAAGAUACGAUGAUUCGCAGGACCAUUUUUGUGAACUUGAUGAUGAGAGAUCUCCAGAUGCACAGUAUGUGGAUUUGCUGCUGAAUCCAGAACGUUACACUGGAUACAAGGGGCCUUCUGCUUGGAGAGUGUGGAACAGCAUCUACGAAGAAAACUGCUUCAAGCCUCGGUCUGUCUACCGUCCUUUAAAUCCACUGGCUCCUAGCAGGGGAGGAGAUGAUGGAGAAUCUUUCUACACGUGGCUAGAAGGUCUUUGCCUUGAGAAAAGAGUGUUCUAUAAACUCAUUUCUGGACUUCAUGCUAGCAUCAACUUGCAUCUGUGUGCAAAUUAUCUUCUUGAAGAAACCUGGGGGAAGCCUCGCUGGGGACCAAAUGUGAAAGAGUUCACUCGACGCUUUGACCCUAUUGAAACAAAAGGAGAAGGACCAAGGAGGCUCAAAAACUUGUAUUUCUUGUAUUUGAUAGAGCUGCGUGCUUUGUCAAAGGUUGCACCGUACUUUGAACGUUCAGUUGUUGACCUUUACACUGGAAACGGCCAUGAGGAUGCUGAAUCUAAAGCUCUCUUACUGGAUAUCUUCAGGGAUACAAAGUCCUUCCAUAUGCACUUUGAUGAAAAGUCCAUGUUUGCUGGAGAUAAAAAAGGAGCCAAAUCAUUAAAGGAAGAAUUCAGAUUGCAUUUCAAGAACAUAUCCCGCAUAAUGGAUUGUGUUGGAUGUGAUAAAUGCAGGCUAUGGGGCAAACUGCAGACCCAAGGCUUAGGAACUGCUUUGAAGAUCUUAUUUUCUGAGAAAGAAAUAAAGAGCCUUCCUGAGAAUAGCCCGUCAAAAGGUUUUCAACUCACACGUCAAGAAAUAGUUGCUCUUGUAAAUGCCUUCGGAAGGCUUUCCACAAGUAUAAGGGAAUUGCAGAAUUUUAAAGUUUUAUUACGACAAACUAGGUAAUGAAGGCCUUUGUACAACCUGUUAGUGAAGACCAUUUAUGUGACUGCAUUGAGCAGAAGGAACUGAUCCUUACAGGACUCACAUGAACUGAUAAAACGUAAAAUUGAAUACCAACAUGAAUAUUUAUGUUUUAACUAGGAAUGGCUAUUAAUGAGAAGAUAUUUAUGAAUGAAAUAUAUAGUUUUUAAAUGUGUAAAUUAUGCUGAUCUGUUUAUUUUUUAAGUUUUCUGCUCACAGUUCUGUUGUACUGAAACUUCAUAAAUUUUCUUUAUUUCGUUGUCUUUUUGAGACAUCUCUUUUAGAUGAAAACAUGUGUACCUGCACCUUGACUUGGCCUGUCCUGAGAGAGGUGGUUCACCUCUCCCCAGUACUGAGCUUCAGCAUAUUCUGAGGGUUGUGUGUGCUGGUUCUGGCUUUCUACAAGAAAAAAACAAAAACCAAACCCAAACAAACAGAAAAAAGAAAUAAGGCUCUUGUCGAGUCCUUGCUUCUUACUGUAAUAAUGAAACUUACUUAAAAGUGGGGAAUUUACUGAGCAGAAAAUUUUAUUUCAUACUGAGCUCCUUUGCCAAUAUCAACAUUUUUUUUUUUCCUUGUGUGCUGCUUUUCAGAAUUCCCUUUUUUUUCUUUAAAAUAACUACCAUCUCUCUGAUGCAGCAUAGUUGGAAGUGACUUUUCUGCUGCCCCUUGGCUACCUGCAUUUGCCUGGGGGUGGGAGGAAUGUCUAGGGGGGAUAGCUAGCAGAGUGCUGCUGGCUGAAAAGCCUCAGUCAGUUGAAUCUGCAUCUACCCUGUUUAUUUUCUGGAUUGUAAUCACAAGUUCCAUUUCCAGAAGUUGUCUUUUUAAUGUCUGAAAUGUUGAAAUGGCGCACUCAAAUCUUUGAGCCGUGGAAACAGAUUUGCUCUUUGUGGGCUAUGUUUUAGUGCUACGUGAAAAGGUCAGUGCAAAAAGUAAGAACUUGUUUUUGUAGUCACUUUUAAAAAAAAUGCUUUUUAAAAUUCAUAAUCAUACUGACAUUUAAUACUGCGAACUCUUAUCUAUGCAAUCCAUGACUAUCUUCUUCAAAAGAAUAUUCAGCGUAAUAAAACGGGUAUGUUAAUAACAUCACUUUCAUAAAAUAAGAAAUUACUCAUGUAUCAUUGUCCACAAGUGUCAAUGAUAACUUGCCAUUGUCCAAAACAGAAUUCAGAGAUGGCACGACUGAUUAGUAGCAACCAAAUAUGGGUUUAAAUUUAAAAUGAAGUAAUUUUUUUGUUUUUUAAACCAGCGUGUUUUGAAGUGAAGUUAGGAGUUAUGAAUGUAGGCAGUGCUGGGACAGUGUAGAUAGAUCUCUUGUUUAUAAAAAUAAGUCUUCACAAGAUAAAGUGCUCUUAAACAUUUUUCACCUUACCAGAUAUUUAGUGACCUGUUUCUAUAAUUGAUUGUAAUUGUAUUGGCUUCCAUAAUGUGGUCUCUUUACAGCCAAGAUUUUCUGAAAGCUGGAGUAUGUUCUAUGUCCUUUGUUUCCAGACUAUCCUCAAAUUUCUAACUGACUGGAAAUGAGACAGACUAUCCUGAUGCCACUUCCUAUUAUAAAAAAUACUGUUUCUCAAGCAAUUGAAGCCCCUUGAAUCAAACUGGGAUCAGCCAGAUGGAAGGGAGGGGGGAAAAAAAAAAGAAACCAAACCACACCACCCCCAUGAAGUAUUUGUGGUAGUUGCACAAAAUGGUGAUUGACCAGUAUCCAGGUGGAAGUUUCUGUUUAAGCCAGUAGGUAAUUCAGUGUGGAGUUGGAGAAAGCCAAUGCCAGUCUCGAGUGUUAUGUUCUUACCCAGCAGCCUCUCUUGCCUGUGAGCACCCGUGGCUGAGUAAGUCACCGCAGGCUUCCUUGUUCUAGUUAAUGGAGAAGAGCAGCUGAUUUCUAGGUGGAUUUAUCUGGCCUGUUCCAACGAGCUCUGAUACACCUUAGGAAGCCGUGAUUUGCACCCUAGACUUUUUCUCUGUUAAACUGAAGCAUGACUCUAACUCACUCAGAUGUGAAUGGCUGUGUUUGGUAAAUCAGUUACAUGCUGAGUAUCUAACUCUUCUGAGUAAUUUAUAUAUUGAAAGUGUGUGGGUUUCGGUGGCUAUGAAUUCCUUGCCUGCAAGGAUUGACCUGCAAAGGCUACAACCUGUAAGCUCACUUGUGUGAAGAAUACUCUGUAGCUGGGAUUUGUGUAUUAUUAUAGUGCCUAAAGAUUUAGGCAGGCUUUUCUAGUUGCAAACAAAUGGUGGUGUCUGUGCAGCCCCAGGGAAGUACCUGAGUCUCAGAAUUGUUUCUUCCCUUUUUCCCCGAGACAAGGGGAAAGCAAAUUGCUUCCAAACUUCUGGGGAUGCAACUUGCUAUUUUUCGUUUUUUACACCUGUGCCUGGCUAAAAUCUAUGGCCACUGAAGCGGUAUCGCAUAUUAGCAUCAUGCACUUGCUUAUGGGACAGGUGAGAGAUUCACGCACGCAGAUCCUGGACACCUGUUCCUUGCAGACUUCAUAGGCACAAUGCAGGCAUAGUUAAUACCCUUUGGUAAAGACAAAGAGAUGGGAAGCUUUUCUUCUUUUCCUCUGUGUCAUGGAAACACAGGAAUGCAACAGCAGCAAUUGCUUUGUAUGAGGAAGUUCUGUUGCAUUUCAGGGUGUAUCUGGCUUGGUGAUCAAAUACGGAAGGCUUUUCACUUCACUAUUAUUGUAGAAAUAGGACAUAAGAUUUUUCCUGCUACAGAUCCAGUUGAAACAAUUUUCCUGUCAUCUUUUUUACUGUAUUUGAUGUACAUUUUGUGAAUAUGCUGCCUACGAAGUUUUGCCGUGAGUUCUUUAUAUGCUAAAUUACAUUUUAGAAAUCUACAGAUCUGUUUUUAUACUAAAAAAUAAGGAUAGUGACAUUGUCUGUGACCUAUAAACUAUUCUAGCUCAUUGUUGGAAAUCGGCUUGUCAACAUAGUCUGCCAUUCAUGUCAAAGUAAAAGUACAUUUCCCAGUACAAAUGACACGAUGAUUGUAUUCCCAGAGGUAGUGAGAAGGCAGAGACCAAAAUACUUCAUUUUUCCCAAGUCAUGAAAAGUUAAGGUGAAAUAAGACUUGGUGCAAUCUGCAUAGGUAAAAUGUAAGACACUGUUGCUGAACAACUUGCUCUUCAGUGCCUGAGGAGGAAGGUGAGAAUAUAGGUUUAAAACAGUGAAGUAUAGAGACUUGUGUAAGCUGGAAUAACGAAAGUGUUUUCCUCCUUCAGCUGAUGAUUUGUGCUGUAUGUCAUUGUAUGUGCAUGAAAUACACUGUGCCACACUUUCUCGGGUUGUAUCUUGAUGAUUGGGUCACCUUUAUCUGACCUUGCUUUGUGCUUUCCUGGGAAAUAACCUGUAAUAUGUUGUAAAUAAUCUAGAUGCUUAUGUUUAUAAAGCAGCAAUCGGCAAUUCAUCACUUCACAAUUCCUCCACAUGGCCAACCUCUUAAAGUGUAAUAUUUAUUAAAAUCAAAAUCCAUGGUGGAACUGCUUACUGAGGUCUAAACACUUCUGAAUCUUUAUUAUGUUUGAAUCUAUAAAAUGCGAAUUAAAGUAUUUUCUGCUACAACUUUGUUUUGUGACUGUAAUUUUGGGGGUUUCAUCUGAAUUAUUAUUUACUUUUCAUUUACCUUUCAACUCUACUUGGUAGAAAUUACAUAACAAAUUGUUUACACAUCAAUUGUGUAGGCUGAGGAUGAUGAGCAGGCUUUCAUUCUCAUUUUAAUUCUGUUCAAAAGGUGAAUGUAACCCAAAUUUCUGUUGCUGUUUACAGUGCACUGUAG